UGAAUCCAAUAGGGGCGGGGGGGUGUCAUCCGUUUCUUUGCUUACUAGUGAUAUCCUACCUAAUAGCUUUACUCGCAAUGUUCGUUCUUAUCACUCGACACGGAAAUCUCUCUCUCUCUCUCUAUUUCUCUGUUCAUGCAGGAGGAGGAGGAGGAAAUAUGACUAUGAGAGUCGCCAUUGCUUCCAAGCUCCCACUCCUCCUCAAGCCCUUCAUCCUCUCCCUCUUCCUUUCCCUCUUCGUCCUCCUCUUCCUCGCCUCCCAGACUCCCCUCCACCGCCUUACAGCAUCCAAAUCCAGAUCCUCCUCCUCCGGCGACCUCCGCAUCCGCCGCGGCUACUCCUCCUACGACGCCUACAUCCAGCACCAGCUCAACAAGACCCUCAACCCAAAGCUCCAGCACCUCUGGACCACCCGCGAUUGGGACCGCAAGGUCCGCGUCUUCUCCGACUUCUUCCAGAGCCUCAAGCGCCGGGGCCUCCUCUCCAAUUCCUCCAAGGCCCUCUCCAUCGGGGCCAGGGUCGGCCAGGAGGUCGCCGCCCUCCGCCAGAUCGGCGUCAGCGACUCCAUCGGGAUCGAUCUGGUGCCCCGCCCCCCGCUCGUGGUGAAGGGUGACUUCCACGCGCAGCCCUUCGGGGACGAGACGUUCGAUUUCGAGUUCUCGAACGUGUUCGACCACGCGCUGUACCCGUCGAAGUUCGUAGGGGAGAUCGAGCGGACGCUGAGGCCAGGCGGGGUGUGCGUGCUCCACGUCUCCCUCACCAAGGGGACGGACAAGUACUCGGCCAACGAUCUGUACAGCGUGGGGCCCCUCGUGGAGAUGUUCAAGCGCUCCGACCUCGUCGAGAAGAGGAAGGUCGACGGCUUCGGCCUCGACACGGAGGUCGUCUUCAGGAAGAGGAAGAACAACAACAAGAAGAAGCAGAGGACGAUCAAGACAAAUUAACACAGUGGUUUGCUGAUAUUUGGAUGUCUGCAGUACAGCUGUUCGAUGGCAACGAACGGGCUCUUUGGUAGGCAGGCAGACUCCAGAGAUCGGGGUAUUGUUGCUGUAUCCAUUCAUCUGUGAGACGUACUUGUUCGCCGUUACUUGAUUAGCUUUGAGCAUGCAGCCUUGGGUGUUUCUGGUGAAGUGCAUGUAAUGUAUGUAUGUAUGGGCAAAGUUGGGGGCGGGGCGGCAGGUAGAACAGAGACCAAACCAAAAGCAAAACGGUGACAAACCAUACUGCAAAUGGAAUGGCAGCAAGUGCGCUUCAUUUCUAUGGAUAGAAAAUAAAGGGAUACCAUUAUUUUCCUUUCUUUUUUAGCUGGAUCAGCACACUAAAUGGUAAAAUUUUGACAGCGUGAAUUUUUUACAUUCGCAAUAAAUUGAACCCGAGAUUUUGUUUAA